UCACAGUUUCUCCAGUUGACGCAGCGCGCGGUCGGCGCGGGGGCGAGGUGCGGGAUGCGGCGCCGGCUGGGAGCGGAGGCGCCAUGGACAGCACAGGGAGAUGGAGAUUAUUCUUCUGCUGUGUUGGCCCUCCACCAGACAAUAAAUCAGUUCUAAGAUGUUGUUCAAACAAAGUUCAUCCAGAGUGGGUUGGUGAAUCUAAGAAGGAAGGUGAAGAAUCAAACCAGGAAAUCACAUGGCCAGAAGGACCUGUUGCACACUAUGAAAAAGCAGACAAACAGGUCAAGGAGGAAGUGGAGAUUCAAGUGUCUGUUGCUCUGCUGUCUCUUCAGGAGGAGGAGGAGGAUGCUAAGUUUCCAGUACAUACUAAGGACCACGUGCAAACCCCAAAUCUUGAAAUACUAGCAGUGGAGGAGGAUCCUCUGCCCUCAUUAAAAACUGAAGCCCAUAUACAAAGCUCAAAUCCUGACAUACUGUGGGGGGAGGAGGAGGAGGAAGAAGAAAAGAAAGAGCUGGUGGAAGGAGGGGAACUAGAAUUUUUGUGUCUCUCACAUUUUGAGGUUCAGGAGCAAUCUUCACAUCUUGAAACAUCAAUAGAAGAGCCUCUGACAUUCUUAAAAACUGAGGCACUAGUGCAACCCUCAAAUAUUGAAAUACUAGAGAAACAGAAGCUUCCAUCCCUAUUGGAUACUGAAACUGAGGUUCUCAUCUCAGAUUUGGACAUAAGAGAUGCAGAGAAAACUUCACUUUCGACAGAUACUGGGUUGAAUGUACCAACAAAGAACAGGAGCAGAAAUCUAUCUGGUCUCUUCAGUCUUCUGGAUAUUCCAGGAGAGCAUGAGGAACUCUUAACUCAAAAGCAAAUAGCAGCAUUCAAAGAUGUCUUCAAGGUUUUCAGCAGCACAGAGGGUAACAUUAAGAUGCGUGGCCUGAAGCUGAUUCUGCACAGUGUGGGCAUUAAUGUAACCCAUCAAGAAAUCCACGAGGCACUGAAUCGAGCAGAUAUCGAUGGUGAUGGGCAGGUGAAUUUCACAGACUUUGUAACUGUUCUGACAGAUGACCAGCGCUUUGCUCAAUCUAUGGUUCGGCCCAAAGAGAGCAUAAUACAUGACCCUUAUAGUGUAGAGACUCUCUUCUUUGAAGUUCUUACAAAGCUGGUGGAGAUGUCAGCUCUGCCGAUUAAAUCAGAGAAGGAAGUUGUAAGUUAUUAUGAGCUAAAGCAAAGAAACUUCUGGAGGAGCUUUCAGCGGAAGAGUCCCACUGACUACCCGAAGACCUCACCGAAUAGAAAAUGCAGUGGUCUUACUUAUUUUUGCCAGGCUUCUCGGCUAAUAGGGCUCCCCACCAGCCAACUGUUGACAUCUCUACCCAGCCUGAGUGAUACUGCCAGCUAGAGCUGGAACAGCAAGUCUGUGAGCAGAACUGCAUGUGCAAUCUCACCCAGUUCUGAAUGUAUGAAUUCUUCCUUCAUUUUCGAUAAUGAAUACUCUGAAACUCUAGCCAAAAACUAUCCAAGCACAAUACUAUAUAACAAGAAAGGCAUAUGUAACAAAUGUAAUUCUGAUUCAUCCACUACUUUAUGAUUCAGUAUAUUUCUAUAACUCUUAUUCCUGCAGCUGGGCACUGAGGGUGCGGGUAGGGUGUGUGUGUGUCUGGGCUGCGGGUAAGGGCGGAGGUGGCGGAGCUGGGCUCUUGGGGAAGGGUGCAAGUGUCUGCACCUUGACGGCACCCUGCGGCUGGGCUCUGGGAGAAGGGGUGCGAGUGUCUGGGCUGGUGAGGGGUGUGCAGCUGGGCUGUGAGGGGUGGGGAUGAGUGUCUGGACUGCGGGGGGCCCUGCAGGUGGUCUCUCAGGGGAGGUGUGUAGUAUCUGGCUCCCUGGCUGGGCUUUGGGGAGAGGGAGCAGAGAAACAGGCACUGGGUUGUCAUACGGGUUUCUUUAACUUUCUUCUGCUAGGGGAAUUUUUUUUGUCUGUAUUGUUACAGACAUAGUUGCUGACAGGUAUUUUGAAAUAAAUUACCAAAAGAAUUGAAACUGGUAUGA